AUGAAGUCCUUUAUUCUUGCUGCCACGGCUGCCACGGCCAUGGCCAGUCGUAGUCUCCUUGAGCUGGGUCUCAACGUCGACAUGACCAAGGCUAUUGACGUGGGCGUCGGCCUCAGCGUUCAUCUGCCCCAGGGCAUCGACGAGCAGGCCGUCACCGAGAACAAGCCCACUUCCGCUCCUCCUGCUGGCUAUGUUAACAUUUGGCAUCCACCACAUGGUUCAGUUGUGAUGGACUCGUGUGACGACGAGGCCAACCAUGACUGGCAUUGGGUUCAUCCUUGUGGCGAUAACUGCAAGCCCGAGCAGGCCGAUCAUGUCUGGAGCGUCAGCACGGUCAGCGUGACCUCGAUCCAUACCGUCAUUAGCUGUGCUCCCACCGUCACCAACUGCCCUGCCAAUGGCCACCACACCACCACGAUUGUCAUCCCCGAGACCACCACCUUCUGCCCUGUCGAGGCUUCCAAGACCGCCCACCCUGGCGGCCCUUCCACCGGGGCGUAUCCUCCGGCCGCUUCCUCGGCCGCUCCCUCCGCUCCCGUUGCGACCAACACCGGCGUCGUCACCCUGAGCACUCAGACUCUUCCGGCUCCCACCGGACCUGCCUCCAACCCGGCUCCGGGCAACGGUGGCAGCUCGGUUCCUCCCGUUGUCCCCUCGGCUCCCGCCUCGGCUCCUGUUUACCCCGUGCCCGGCAACAGCUCGGCCCCGGCUCUCAACACCGCUCCGUCCACCUCCGUCUAUUCUCCUCCCACUCAGUCUUCUCCUGCCGGCUGCUCUGGCGACAACUGCUCUCCCUCUGCUCCCUCUGCUCCCUCUGCUCCCGCCGCUCCCCCCUCCUACUCUGCUCCUCCCAACGCUCCCUCUUUCCCUGCCGAUGGCUGCAGCGGUGCCUACUGCGCCCCUCCUCCUGCCGGCACUGCUCCCGGUGCUGCGGCCCCUACCGGUACCGGAAACGGCACCACUCCCCUGCCAAUCAACGGCGCUGUUAGCCGUGCCCAGGGCGUCAGCAUGGCUCUCUUUGGAGGUGUCAUUGCUGCUUUGUUCCUGUAA